AGUCCGUUAGCGCCGCGCGGGUCACGUGGUUUUUUUGUCCUCUGUGCAGUGUGCGGCCGUGAGCAGGCGAGGAUCCAAGGAGCUGCACCUGUGGUACAACUGUGCAUGAGGAAGGUCUGAAAGCUUGUUGUCUGCAAGCACUGGAAAAACUUGACAAAGCACCAAAGAAAACUCAUAAGCCAAAGAAACCCCCAGGCUAGAGCAGGUGGACGCUGAAGCCAAAAUGCGUCCCAUGCGUAUAUUUGUGAAUGAUGACCGCCAUGUGAUGGCAAAACAUGCUGCCAUCUACCCAACUCAAGAAGAGCUGGAAGCAGUACAGAAUAUGGUGUCACAUACAGAGAGGGCAUUGAAAGCAGUUUCAGACUGGUUGGAUGAGCAAGAGAAGGCUAGUGUUAAAGUAGAGGUUACUGAAGUUGCUGAACCACCAACAACUGAAGGAGAGAACAAGGAGGGAACGGAAGACCAUGACAACUUUACCAUGGAACAGAAGUCUACAGAACAGAAUGCCAGCCGGACCUUGCGUGGAGUGAUGCGAGUCGGGUUGGUGGCCAAAGGCCUCCUUCUGAAGGGAGAUCUUGACCUGGAACUUGUACUGUUGUGCAGGGACAAGCCUACUAAGUCACUGUUGACAAAGGUCAAAGACAAUUUGGCUGUACAAUUUGCGACGAUUACCGAGGAAAAGUAUGAAAUAAAUCCUUCAAUUAAAGAUGCAGCCAUUAUUAUAAAGAAUGACAAAGAGGAGCCAUUGACCCUGAAGAUCAAGCUGACUUCACCUGUGGUACGAGAAGAACUUGAGAAACAGGCUGCUGGAGAAACAGUAACGAUGAGUGAGCCUGCGGAUGUAUUGGACAGGCAGAAAUGCCUAACCGCCUUGGCGUCCCUGCGACACGCCAAAUGGUUCCAGGCCAGGGCAAAUGGGCUGAAGUCAUGUGUCAUUGUCAUCCGUGUUCUACGGGAUUUAUGUUCAAGAGUUCCCACCUGGGCACCACUUAAAGGAUGGCCUUUAGAGUUGAUAUGUGAAAAAGCAAUUGGAACUGCCAACAGACCCCUGGGUGCAGGAGAGGCAAUGCGAAGAGUCUUAGAAUGUCUGGCUUCUGGAAUUCUAAUGUUAGAUGGACCUGGCAUCUAUGAUCCUUGUGAAAAAGAAGCAACAGAUGCCAUUGGCAGUCUUACCAGACAACAAAGAGAGGACAUAACCCAAAGCAGUCAGCAUGCACUGCGUCUGGCUGCUUUUGGACAAUUGCAUAAAGUAUUGGGUAUGGAUCCAUUGCCUUCCAAACUCCCUAAAAAACCUAAGAAUGAAAAUCCAGUCGAUUACACAGUUCAAAUUCCUCCGAGUGCAUUUAGCACACCGGUAAAGCGGCCAAUAGAUGAAGACUCUGGUGAAGACAAGUCUCCAAAUAAGAAGAAAAAGAAAACUCAGAAAAAAGCAGCUGAGGAAAAAGUUGAACCUGCCCAAGCGAUGAAUGCAUUGAUGAGGCUCAAUCAACUGCGACCUGGUCUUCAAUACAAAUUAAUCUCCCAGACAGGCCCUGUCCAUGCUCCUGUAUUUACUAUGUCUGUGGAAGUUGAUGGAAAAAGCUAUGAAGCGUCAGGGCCAUCUAAAAAAACUGCUAAACUGCAUGUCGCCGUCAAGGUUUUGCAGGAUAAGGGACUUCCAACUGGAGUGGAACCUGAGAAAGUUGAAGAAACUGUGGUUAAAAUAGAACCCAAGCCAGUUACUCCAGCUCCUGCAGCAGUAACUGUGAAGACCGUACCUAUGACUCCAGAGGCUGAGAGUGCACGUCAGCAAGGCCCAAUUUUGACCAAACAGGGAAAAAAUCCAGUUAUGGAACUGAAUGAAAAACGAAGGGGGCUGAAAUAUGAAUUAAUUUCUGAGACUGGUGGCAGUCAUGAUAAACGGUUUGUUAUGGAGGUUGAAGUUGAUGGCCAGAAAUUCACUGGUUCAGGCUCUAAUAAGAAAGUAGCUAAAGCACAUGCUGCGCUGGCAGCUCUGGAGAAACUGUUUCCCCAUCAACCUCCUGUAGAAGUAAAGAAAAAAAGGAUUGUUCAGCCACAGCAACACAACAUGGGAUUUAGUGGUGGUAUGGGAAUGGGAGUGCUCCCUACUGGUCCUCCUGCAGGUCCUCCAGUACAACGAGGUAGAGGCAGAGGACGUGGAAGAGCUGGCAGAGGUGGAUUCCAAGCAUCCAACAAUUCUGGCUACUUGUCUUCUGGGACGGGCUAUGGAGGUGGAAGCUAUGGAUAUGGUGGUAGUGGUGGAGGAGGGGGUGGUGCUAGCUAUGGUUAUGGAGCCUCUAACUCUUCUGGUGGAUAUGCUGCAGGUGACUUUUUCAAAGACAGCUUCCAAGAUUUUCCCUCUGGCUAGAGGGUGAAAAUUGAUACAAAAACCUGUCCCUCCCACUUUGGUCUAACUCCUUUGAACUGUUGACGCCCAGAGUCUGCAGGCACGUUCUGGACUGUGUUGCUUCAUCUGGACUCUGACAUUUUGUGCCCACUGGUUUUUGACUUCGAAUUCUGGCAUCCAUCAGACAAGUGUCUUUUAUCUGCAGCAUUUCUAACCUUUUGACGAGAUUGGGGAGGAGACUUCUACAAGAUCACAGCAUCUGAAAAGCAAUAAAUCUGUUAUAAACAAUGGUAAAGCAAAAGGAUUAUAUUUUCCAAAGAAACAAUUCUGGUUCCCUGUAAAAACUGAUCAGGCCAGUUCUCUAUUGGAACUUGCAUACUGGUGGUGUUUAGAGGCAGGACUUGGCCGGAUCUCUGAACAGGCCCAAAUAAUUUAAGCCUGGAAUAAUAAUGUUUCAACAUAUUUGCAUUUAUGUGUUUUAAUGUUGCAGCUAUUCAUGGGUUCACACCUUGUGCUGUAAUGCAGUUGAUACCAGUGGGAAGCAUUUUUGGAUGGCGUUGUAGAUAAGACAUUUAAACUGUUGUUCAAAUGCUUCUAAAACUACAUGUAGAAAAUGAGCACUUGAAAUCACAGCCAGACAAGAUAAUCCCUUUGCAGAUUUAUCCGUCAGUGUUUUGUGUUUUAUUGUUAGAUUAGUUGAACAACUAGUUUAAGUUCUGAAAACAACAGUGAACUGGAACUGAACAUCCACAUAUCAUUUUGCUGCUUAAAAAGCACAUGGCUUCCCUGUCAUUCUGCCAGAAACAUCUGGCUUAGGGAGCUGAAUUCUUUUUAUGUCAAAGUGGGAUUCUCAUUCUUCAUCAUAGUGCCCUAUCAGCUUUUUUCACCCUUUUAUGACUGUCUCCAAGCCUUUGCCCAUGAAUCUGUUUGUGUGAACGUAAGUAUAGAGGAUUCAGUCUGUACAGACAUGAAAGUGUUCUAGUGGUGGUGUUUGUCAUGUAAGUUCAGGGCAACAUUCUCGGGGCAAAAAAGGCCUACUUGCCCAAUGACGCUUCACUUCAUAACUAAAUCUCAUCCGCCUCUAAUGCUAUAGCUCUCAAAUCCUUCUUUGUUCAGAAAUUUGUUUCAUUAUUGAUCAUGUUUACUACAGUUUUGAUGGUUUUUAAGGAGCUGUAUUUCCUGUAGAUGAGAAGAAAUUGCACCUGACUUCCUUUCUGAGCAACUCAAAUGUAGUUGUCACCUUGUUCUGAGCCAUGACUGUCCCACAUUAUGCCUAAAUAAAUUAGGUCAGUUCGCAGUGAGCUGGAUGUGCAGAUAUGGCUUUGGAUAUAUUUGGUAGUCUCAUGUGGGUUGCUAGAUUUCAAACAAAAAUGUAACUGCAGCAUCUGUUGAGAUUUUUUUUCUUAAAGCAAUUCCCUUUUGACAGUUUCACUGAUUUCCACAACCCUCAUCUGUUCAGACAAUAUGUGAUUCAGUGCUAGCCACCUUCAUUGCAGCAAGUAACACUGGGUCUCAUAUAUGCUGCAUCUGUAUUAAGUUAUUUCAAUGAGUGGAGCAUUCUUCCAAGUUUUAAUUUUUGAAAUUAGGCACAGCAUUUUAGGGCAGAGUACAGUGUGCUAACUGUAUGGUGAUAUUCAAAGUGACGGUAUUCUGGUGAUAUCUGGCUUUGUUGUUGCUGGUCUUGAUUUUAGUUGGUUUAGGUUGUAUAUCAGUGACAUAUUGGUCCUAUUACCAUCAAAUAAUACAGAUUUUAGGUGAAGCAGUCGGGUUGCAGUUAUGGGAUUUUGUGUAUGACCCAUUUUACUGUGCCUCCCAAUCAGUUGACAUUUUAAUGCUGUUUUUUGUGUUGUAACUUUUUUCUACAAAAGAACAAAUGUAUAGCAUCCUGAGCAGGACCGAUGUCAAAUUGUUUAUUCAAGUUCAAUAAAAGUUUGUAUGGAAUAAAACAGA